GGUAUAUCACAGAGCUUUUUCCCCAACAUAAGGCGUAAAGCUCCACCUUCUGCGUCUCACAAACGCUUUGUUCAAAGUUCAAAGACUAACCUUUACGCAACUCAACACCUGAAUCUCAAGUCUUGCUGCUAGCUUCGAACGCAGCCUUUCAAACCAAUGGCGGAUCCCGAGUUGGAAGCCAUCAGGCAAAGAAGAAUGCAGGAGCUAAUGGCACAGCGCGGGGGUGGUUCAGGAAGUCAGCAGAACCCCGAACAACAGAAAGCUCAAGAAGAAGCAAAAAUGGAAGCUGAGGAACGAAGGCAAAUGAUGCUUGCUCAAAUUCUUUCUAGUGAAGCACGUGAAAGACUUUCUCGGAUUGCUCUGGUUAAGCCUGAAAAGGCUAGAGGAGUAGAGGAUGUUAUAUUAAGAGCUGCUCAAAUGGGCCAAAUUGUUGAAAAGGUCUCAGAGGAUAAACUUAUAUCACUCUUGGAGCAAAUUAAUACUCAGACAACUAAGCAAACCAAAGUGACUAUACAAAGGCGCCGAAGUGUUCUUGAUGAUGAUGAUUAGAUUCAAAUGCUGCUAAUGCUCAAAUGUUAGCCCUAAAGAGCUGUUUAUGACUCGUUUGGUUUACAUAUGAAUGUAAUUCCUAUGCGAAAUUCUAUUCAUGGCAAUUCACUUCCCUUUUAAAAUUCCUAGGAAAUGAGCUUGAGAUGUUUGAUUGACACUAGGGAACUUGCAUUUCCCAUGGAAUAAUCGUAAUAUUUGGAUAAUUGAUCUUCCCAUAUAACGUAAUGUCCUUAACUACUUUCACUAUAUAAUAUUUUUUUGUACUCCGAA